AUGGCGAACUACCUCGCCUCCAUCUUCGGCACAGAAGCCGACAAAGUCAACUGCUCCUUCUACUACAAGAUCGGCGCAUGCCGCCACGGGGACCGGUGCUCAAGAAAGCACGUCAAGCCCUCAUACUCACAGACGAUCCUCCUCCCAAACCUAUACCAAAACCCCGCCUACGACCAGAAGAACAAGAUGAACGCCUCACAAUUACAAAACCACUUCGACGCCUUCUAUGAAGACUUCUGGUGCGAGAUGUGCAAAUUCGGCGAGAUCGAGGAGGUAGUCGUCUGCGACAACAACAAUGACCACCUAAUCGGAAACGUGUAUGCGCGAUUCAAGUACGAGGAUUCAGCACAGGCGGCAUGCGAUGCGCUCAAUUCGAGAUGGUACGCGGCUCGACCGAUCUACUGCGAGUUGUCGCCGGUCACGGAUUUUAGAGAAGCGUGCUGUCGGCUGAACAGUGGCGAGGGAUGUGUGAGAGGAGGGUUCUGCAACUUCAUCCACCGGAAAGAGCCGAGUCCAGAGUUGGACAGAGAGUUGGAGUUGAGCACGAAGAAGUGCUGA